UAUAGUUAUUUUCCUUCUGAAGUUUCUCCAUGGCGGUGGACACAAAGCACUGAGACCGUGGAAGUCUGCGUUAGAGCAAGGACAAUACUUCUGGAAGGAACAAACGCAUUUUUAAGGAGAAGCAAUUGAAAGUUUUCCGUAUGGUUUUACUUGUUUUAUCAAGAUUGUGGUAACUGGGUAGUUACCAAUAAAUUGAAAGUUCAAAGGUGUAAUAGAGGAAUUCGUGUAGUUGUAGCUUAAGUUUGAAACGGCUUUUAGAAUAGCUGAGAAUGGGUUGGUUUAUUCAAGUUUUGUUUUCAUUUACUUGUUUGGCUGUCUUCAGCCACAGUGCUAUGGAUGAAUGCACUGACGAUUCGAGUCGUCCUCAGCGAUGCAUGCCAGAGUUUGUCAACGCUGCUUUCAAUGUCACUGUGGUAGCUACCAAUACUUGUGGCUCUCCACCAGAAGAAUACUGCGUACAAACCGGGGUUACGGGGGUCACCAAGUCGUGCCACAUCUGCGAUGCCAGGGAUCGCAGACAACACCACAGUGCUGUGUACCUCACCGAUUACAACAAUCAACAGGACACCACCUGGUGGCAAAGUCAAACUAUGUUAGCGGGCAUCCAGUAUCCACACUCAAUCAAUCUAACUCUUCAUCUUGGCAAGGCUUUCGACAUCACUUACGUGCGACUCAAGUUCCACACCAGCCGCCCAGAGAGCUUCGCCAUCUACAAGCGCACAAGUGAGGAUGGACCAUGGACGCCUUACCAGUACUACAGUGGCUCCUGUGAGAAGACCUACCAGAAGACCAACAGGGGCUUCAUCCGCACCGGACAGGACGAACAACAGGCACUGUGCACAGACGAGUUCAGUGACAUCUCACCCCUGACUGGAGGAAACGUUGCCUUCUCCACCCUUGAAGGCCGGCCCAGUGCUUACAACUUUGACAACAGCCCAGUUCUUCAGGAAUGGGUGACAGCCACAGAUAUCAAAGUGACCCUGAACAGGCUCAACACAUUCGGAGAUGAAGUUUUCAAUGAUCCCAAGGUCCUGAAAUCCUACUACUACGCUAUCUCAGACUUUGCAGUGGGAGGAAGGUGCAAGUGCAAUGGCCAUGCGAGUGAGUGUGCGAAAAAUAACGGUUUCGGCAAGCCGGUUUGCAACUGCAAGCACAACACGGAGGGCGAUGACUGCAAUGUGUGCAAGCCGUUGUACAACGACCGUCCCUGGAGGAGAGCUACAGCCAAUAACCCUAACGAGUGUCUGCCGUGCAACUGUAAUGGCAAGAGUGCAGAGUGCUACUUCGACCCUGAGCUCUACCGUGCCACCGGCCACGGAGGACACUGCCGCAACUGUGCCGACUACACAGACGGGCCCAACUGUGAGCGCUGCCUGUACAACUACUACAGAGACACAUCUGGCACCCGCUGCCUGCCCUGCAGCUGCAACCCAGUAGGCUCUCUGGCUACUCAGUGUGACAACACAGGACGCUGCAGCUGUAAAUCCGGUGUGAUGGGGGACAAGUGUGACCGCUGCCAACCUGGCUUUCACACAUUGACCGAAGCAGGCUGCAGACCUUGCUCCUGUAACCCUUCCGGAAGCACACAGGAGUGUGAUGUCCAGACAGGCCGUUGCCAGUGCAAGGACAACGUGGAGGGCUUCAGCUGUGACAGGUGCAAGCUGGGCUACUUCAACAUGGACCUGCAGAACCCUCAGGGUUGCACUCCGUGCUUCUGCUUCCAGCAUUCCUCUGUCUGUGAGAGCGCUGAAGGCUACAGCAUUGACACAGUCUCCUCCACCUUCAACCGAGAUGAUGAGCAGUGGACAGGCCAGCAGCGUGACAGCUCCAGUGUUUCAGUCCAGUGGUCCACUGGUGGGGAGAUCUCCCUCAUCUCCGAUGACUACUUCCCAAUGUACUUUGUGGCUCCAGAGCGAUUCCUGGGCAAUCAGCUGCUGAGCUACGGCCAGAACCUCACCCUGAACUUCCGGGUGGACAGGAGAGACACACGUCUCUCAGCCGAGGAUGUGGUUCUGGAGGGGGCUGGUCUCAGAGUGGCUGUGCCUCUCAUUGCUCAGGGAAAUGCCUAUCCUGGAGAGAACAUGCAGACGUUUGUGUUCAGGCUCCACGACAGCACAGACUAUCCCUGGAGGCCCACCCUCACUCACUCAGAGUUCCAGAAGCUUCUGCACAAUCUGACGUCCAUCAAGAUCCGUGGCACCUACAGCGAGAGAAGUGCUGGUUACCUUGACGAUGUGAAGCUGAUCACGGCGAAGAAAGGUCCCGGGAGCCCGGCUCGCUGGGUAGAGAAGUGUACCUGCCCUCAAGGCUACAUGGGACAGCACUGUGAGAGGUGCGCCCUGAGAUACAGGAGGAGCAGACCAGACCUGGGGCCCUUCAGUUCCUGUGACUCCUGCAACUGUAACGGACACAGUGUCAUGUGCAACCCCGACACAGGGAUGUGUGAAUGCCUACACAACACAGCUGGGCUCAGUUGUGAGAGAUGUAAAGACGGUUACUAUGGAGACUCCACUGUGGGGAGUUCCAGCGACUGCAAGCCCUGCCCCUGCCCCGGAGGAUCCACUUGUGCUGUUGUGCCCAAGACCAAGGAGGUUGUCUGCACCAACUGUCCUACUGGAACCACAGGCAAGCGCUGCGAGCUGUGUGAUGACGGUUUCUUCGGAGACCCCCUGGGGGGGAGCGGGCAGGUGAGGGUCUGUCGGGCCUGUAAGUGUAGCGACAACAUCGACCCCAACGCUGUGGGCAACUGUGACAGAGAGACCGGGGAGUGCCUCAAGUGUAUCUACAACACAGACGGUUUCUUCUGUGACCGUUGCAAAGAGGGCUUCUAUGGAAACCCGCUGGCCACCAACCCCAACGACAAGUGCAAAGCCUGCUCCUGCUCUCCAUAUGGCACAGUGGACAGACAGACCAGCUGUCUACAGGUCACAGGCCAGUGCCAGUGUUUCCCCCACGUCACCAACAGGGACUGCAGCGCCUGUCAGCCUGGCUUCUUCAACCUGCGGAGCGGAACAGGCUGUGAACAAUGCAACUGCAAUUCUAUUGGGUCCACCAACGGUCAGUGUGACAUCGGUUCCGGUCAGUGUGAAUGCCAGCCCGGCGUCACCGGUCAGCGCUGUGAACGCUGUGAGGUCAACUUCUUCGGAUUCGGAUUGUCAGGCUGCAAACCGUGCGACUGUGACCCAGAGGGCUCCUCGACAGCCCAGUGUAAAGAAGAUGGCCGCUGUGCGUGCCUUCCAGGCUUUGUGGGAGCCAGGUGUGACAUGUGUGAGGAGAACUACUUCUACAACCGCUCUACUCCCGGCUGCCAGCAGUGUCCGUCCUGUUACUCCCUCGUCAGAGACAAGGUGAACCAGCAGAGACAGAAGCUGCAUGACCUGCAGACUUUGAUUGACAACCUGGGCUCCAUGUCAGAGACUGUGAGUGACAAGGCGUUUGAGGACCGACUGAAGGAGGCAGAGAAAUCCAUCAUGGACCUACUGGACGAGGCUCAGACCAGCAAAGAUGUGGACAAAGGCCUGCUGGAGCGCCUGGGGAAACUGAACAGCACACUGACCACUCAGUGGAAUCGUUUGCAGAACAUCAGGAACACCGUGGACAACACUGGAACCCAAGCCGACAAGGCCCGCAACCGGGUCCGAGACGCCGAGAACCUGAUCGGCCUUGCCCGCGAGGAGCUGGAUAAGGCCAAGGAUGCCAUCAGCAAACUGGACAUCAAAGCACCCUCCAUCAGUGGAGAUCCUAACAACAUGACCCUUCUGGCAGAGGAGGCUCGCAAUCUGGCCGACAAACAUAAAAUGGACGCGGAUCAAAUUGAGAAGAUCGCAAAAGAUGCCAAUGACACAUCCACCAAGGCUCUCAACCUGCUGACAAAGACUCUAGAUGGCGAGGGCAAGACCAACCAAGACAUUGAUGAGCUCAACAGGAAGUACAAUGAGGCAAAGGACCUGGCCAAGAACCUGGAGAAACAGGCCAACAAGGUGCAUGCUGAGGCAGAGGAGGCAGGCGACAAAGCCCUGAAGAUCUACACUAACCUGACAAGCCUGCCACCUUUCAACACCAAAUCACUGGAGGACGAAGCGAGCAAGAUCAAGAAGGAAGCAUCUGACCUGGACAAGCUGAUUGACAAGACCGAGAAAGAGUACAACGACUUGAGGGAUGAUCUGCGAGGGAAGGAGACUGAGGUCCGCAAGCUGCUGGAGAAGGGCAAGACGGAGCAGCAGACUGCCGAUCAGUUGCUAGCUCGUGUCGAUGCUGCCAAGGCGCUGGCUGAGGAGGCCGCCAAGAAGGGGAGGACCACGUACCAGGAGGCCCAAGACAUUCUGGGAAAUCUGAGAGACUUUGACAAGCGGGUGAAUGACAACAAGACGGCAGCUGAGGACGCCAUGAAGAGAAUCCCAGAGAUCAACGCUACCAUCAUCGCGGCCAAUGAGAAGACCAAGCAGGCUGAGGGGGCACUAGGCAACGCAGCUGCAGAUGCCAAGGAGGCCAAGAGCAAGGCAGAGGAGGCAGAAAAGAUAGCCAGCGCUGUGCAGAAGGGUUCUGCUAAGACCAAGGCGGAUGCAGAGAAGGCCUUUGAGGACACUAUGAUGCUGGAUGGGGAGGUGAACGGCAUGAUGGACCAGCUGAGUGCAGCCGAGGCAGAGCUUGCCAAGAAGAAAGCUGAGGCCGACCAGGACAUGAUGAUGGCUAGCAUGGCAUCGGACAAUGCGAAGGAAGCGGAGGACAACGCCCGCAAAGCCAAGAGUGCUGUCAGGACCGUUCUCAACACCAUCAAUGACCUGCUCAAGUCACUGGGCAACAUUGACAAGGUGGACCUGAGCAAGUUGGGCUUGAUUGAGGGGUCACUGAAGCAGGCCAAGGACAAAAUGGCAAACAGCGACCUGGACCGCAAGCUGGCGGAGCUGAAUGAUGUGGCCAAGAGCCAGGAGGAGAUGAUCACCGACUACGACAGGCAGAUCAGGGAGAUCCGGUCUGACAUCGCCAACCUCAACGACAUCAAGAACACUUUACCUGACGGCUGCUUCAACACCCCAUCCCUAGAGCGACCUUAACCCCCCCUCUCUCCACCACCUGUACCCUCCUUCCUCAUAUCCCGUCUGUACCGCUCCUUCCUCAUAUCCUGUCUGUACCGCUCCUUCCUCAUAUCCCGUCUGUACCGCUCCUUCCUCAUAUCCCGUCUGUACCUCUCCUUCCUCAUAUCCCGUCUGUACCGCUCCUUCCUCAUAUCCCGUCUGUACCGCUCCUUCCUCAUAUCCCGUCUGUACCGCUCCUUCCUCAUAUCCCGUCUGUACCGCUCCUUCCUCAUAUCCCGUCUGUACCGCUCCUUCCCACGUCUAACACUCGGGCAGAAUGCCACCUUUUUACCAAAACCUUUUUUUCUUUCUUUCUUUUUUCUUUGCUUUGUCUUUGUUUGUCUUUUUUUUUUACAAGAGAAGCUCAGUUUCAUGGUUUUAAAGAAAGAGAAGAAGCCGCUUUGACAUGCAGAAACGUGAAAUGAACUAAGGGCAGUCGACAAACAUGCAUCCAUUCUCCUUCGGUGCAGCAGGUUAGGAGAGUUGUGGCAUACCUCGCUCCCGAGUAAUGAAAACCCACAUGACUGCACCACCUCCAGACUUCCUACACUUCUACGUGGAGGACCGUUACACCGUCUUGUUUCAUCACAACCUAAACCCCCCCGACAGAAAACAAGGAGAAAUGUCCUCAGCCUUUUCAGAUGGGUGCAUGUCAUAUGAUAUAGCAUUUGUUUUAUUUGAUAUGAUAUCUAACAAGUUAUCCUUACCCAUCAUUCUAGACCGAAGGGCAUGCUGGGAAUGGUUUGUCUGUGAGAUCUUUUUAGCUAUAGGCAUUUUUCAACUUCCAGUACAUAUGUGCCAUCCUUGGUGUUAUCAACCAUUUGUUUAAAAAACAAGCAGUGAAGGAAUUCUCACAAGUUUAUACAUUUUGUUUGCCUUCAUUCGCUUCCAAAGCUACAUAUAUUGCAUGGAGAAAGUAUUCCUGUUAUAAUUACACAUUUUUACAGUAUUCAACUCUACUGCACAUUCUGCUCCAUACCCACAUUAAAUAAUACUACAGUUUACUAUAGAAUACUACAGUACUUCGUAUAGAAUUCUGUAGUAAACUGUAGUAUACUAUACUACACAUUGCACUACAGCAUUUCCCAAACUCUGUCCUCUGUCAUUUCCCAAACACCGCUGAUUAAAAUAAUCAACUCAUCAAGCUUGGAUUAUUUGAAUCGGCUGUGUAGUGCUAGGGCAAAAAUACAAAAAUGCACCCCUUGGAGUCUCCAGGACAGAGUUUAGGAAACGCUGCUGUUGUAUAUAACGAUCAUUGGCAGUACUUAUUAUAGAAUCGUGUAGUAUACUAUAGUAAAUACUACAGUAUACUAUGGACCACAAAAAUACUACAGUAAUAUCUACAGAAACACUGCAGUAAUUACUGUAGUGUAUAUAUAUUACAGGAUUUAAUUUGUCUACCCUGCCCAUUCCCAUAUCCCAAUUUGUGGCACCAAUAAGUUACAAGCCUACGUUUGGUAUCGUAUAGAUUAUAUAUUGUGUUCCCUGCAGGUUAUAAAAAGGAGCAGAAGCUCUGAACUGUCUGUUCAGACCUCAGUCCUACCUACCUACAGGUAUGGUACAUUUUCUUUUGUGUAUUUUUCCAAGUAGGUUUCCUCAAGGAUAUCAUGUCAAAGAUAAUAAAACAAAAACAUUAUAGUAAAUACUACAGUUAUUUCCGCUAAAAACCCUACAGUAAAUACUACAGUCCGAAAAAACACUACAGUAAUUACUAUAAUAUAUACUAGUUUUUUCUUACUAGACUGUUUACUAUGAACAGUAAAUACUACAGUAUACUACAAUCAUGUCUGCAAAACUACAGUAAAUACUACAGUAUUGACUGUAUUUUUACACUACAUUCACUUUUCACUACAGUAUUUUUUUUCACUCCACUGAAUACUACAGUAAAGUCUCCAAAAACACUACAGGGAAUACUAUAGUAUUUAACGAUAGUAUACCUUAGUAUUUUUUCAUGUGGGCAUGCACAACUGAAAAGCUGUUAAAUGAAACCAGCAAGUGGGUCUUUAAAAUGACUCUGAUAUUUUUGACAUUUGAGACUGUCCUCUACCGCCCAGUGAAACCAUAUGGUUAAAUAUAAUUGUAUGUAAAAAUAUAUAUAUAUAUAAUUAACACUACAAAUCUUGUUUUUUGUCUGAUGUUUUUUCCUCCCUAAGCUGCUGCUUAAAACAGGUGUAUUGCAAAUCACACAUUAAUAUUUUUUAAGACAAAAUUCUACACUAUGCAACUUUGUACAUUUUGCGUAGCAAGACUUUAUCUGAUACACUGGUGCUAAUAAUUAUUUCAAAUGUUAUAUUUUUGUGUGAAUGUUUUUUAUUAUGAUAUAGAGUGAGGAAAUAUUAUGUGUAAAUAUAUGCUUAAAUGAUUCAGGGCUGGCUGAUUGUUAAACCCAAGACCCAGCGGCCACCUCGUAUAGGUUCUAUCGCAAAAAAUCAACAAACCUCCACAUAAUAUAUAAAUAUAUAUGAUAAGUUCUGUGGUAUAAUAUGCUUGCUUGUGUACAUGGCUCGGUGUUGCCUCAUAGCUCUGCCAUUAUUAAUUUGUGUUUAAUUAUCUGUGGGUGGUCACCAAUUAAUUGAUGAAUGCUUUUAAAACGAGAUCAAAACAAUGCUUUGAAAACACCUUUAUCCUUGACUGAUAACUUCAGGACUGUGUGAGGGAUGGCCCUAAAGAAGCCAUCGGUCUACAUUAAGCCUAUCGUUUCAUUUUACUGAAUUUAAAUCGACUCCCAAGAAAAUAAUAGUUCACCAUUUAGUGUUGUGUCUUCAUAUGUGGUCAAUAUUCACAUCACUUAGUUCCUAACGAGGGCGUCACGAUUAUCGCACACAUUACGUUUCAGACAAACAUUCUUUUCACACAUAAUUGUCUCCUCACACUUUCGCUACUCGGUGUCCUCGCAUUUCAGUAGAACAGCAGGGAUUUUGUUGAUGGGUCCAGAACAUCAGCCAGCCAGCCAGCCGCGAUACAGUGAAUGAAUAGGUUAUAACCUGGAGACCACUCAUCCUUCCCAUUCAACAGCUCUCAUCCUCAAUACACCAAUACUCACUCCUUUCCUUAGCCUGCCUUCUAUCAUGUUAUUUGAUGGAUAGUUGUUAGCUAACCUUUUACCCACAAUUAUAUAGAUGUGGCAGCGGCUAAAACGAUGUACACUGCAUUGAACCAUCUUCUGCCGUCUCUUAACCCUCCAGGCUACCACACUGCUGUGGAAGAAUGUGCAGCACAUACUGUUUGAUGUAUAAAACAGUAUUUCUAAUUUAUAAUGUCUCAAGUAUUUGUAUUAUUUUGUUGCAGUAGAUGAUGAUAUGUAUGUGUUGCACAAUCUUGUUGUGGUCAUUUGGCUAUGGAGGGCAUGUUCUGUUGUACAAUAUAAUACAAAGGCACCAAUUCACUGCAACGUUUAAUUUGUGAGGACCCGAGAAAACCCUGUUUGUGACCCAAUUGCCUGUAAAUCCAAUCGUAACAUUUUAAAUAAUAAAACAAAUAUGACAGGAA